AUGGCCAAUUUACUGAUCAACAGAACCUUAAAAUCAAUCGGAAACUCCAAACUAAUCACAGCGCUCUCUUCUCGAUCUCGCCACUUCAGCUCCAUCGCCGCCGUUGAGCAGCCCCAUUCCGACGGUCCAUCGUCGUCCUUUAGCUUCUCGUCCGAUGGCCAAGAAAACAAGAACAAUAGAAACAAUCAAGAUGACAGCAUACACAUUAAGCCGUCGAGUUCGAGUUCCAAGCACGAAACGGCGUCGUCGUCGGUGACGAUGCCAAUGUCGUUCAUGACGGGGUCAAUUGUGGGAAAGAGGUUUUACAACCAAGUGACGACGAGGAAGGCUGAUGAUGGGAAUGGAUGGACUGUAAUGCUUGAUUAUCGGACACUCAAAACGCCUUCCAAAAGGCCCCUCAAGCUUCCUACUUUAGCUCUAGCUAAGGCCAUUGCUGCUGAGUGGGAAUACCAGCAAACAGAUGGGAUUAGGCCCUUCACGAUGCCUCUCAUGAGACUGGCUUGUACAGCACUGGAAAGAGUUCCUCUCACACGGCCAAAAGUUAUAGAUUAUUUGAUGCAGAAAUUUAAUCAAGAUUUAGUCUUCUGUCGCGCACCAGACGACAAUGAUCUCACAAGCGUUGUCCAUGAACGGCAAGUGGAGAAAAUUGAUCCUUUACUUGAUUGGGUGAAGUCAGAGUUUGGCUUCAAGCCUGUUGUGUACUCCAGCUUUUUUGGUGGGAAGCAGGAGGAUGGUCUUACAAAGGCUAUAGAAACCGUGCUAAAGCAAACAGAUGACUGUGAAUUAGCAGCAAUUGAUGCCAUUGCAUCAUCAGCACACUCUCUGAUAAUUGCUAUUGGAAUUCAUCGGGGGAAGUUACAGACUGAAGAAGCAAUUGAGUUGAUUAGGCUUGAAGAAGAUUUACAGGUGGACAGGUGGGGUUUGGUUGAAGGCGGUCAUGAUGUAGAUUUAGCUGAUCUCAAGGUACAGAUCGCAUCAGCUGCUGGAGUGGUAGAGCUAGUUACUUCUAUGGCCUGCCCUUUCCCACAAACCCCUCCAAACUCGUUUUUGUUGAUUUCAUGGAAGUAG